AUGAAGGUUUUUGUGAAAACUCUUAAAGGAACUCACUUCGAAAUCGAAGUGACGCCACAAGACACGAUUUCUGAAGUGAAGAAAAAUAUAGAAACUGUUCAGGGUGUAGAUGUCUAUCCUGCUGCACAGCAAAUGCUUAUUCAUCAAGGGAAAGUUUUGAAGGACGACACCACCUUGGAGGAAAAUAAAGUAGCUGAGAAUAGUUUCCUUGUAAUUAUGCUUUCAAAGAAUAAGACUAAAUCUGGUGAAGGGUCUACUGCUUCAAAUACUCCUCCAGCAAAGGCCCCACUGACGAGUUCUGCUCCUACUUCAACCCCCACAGUGUCUGUAUCACCUCAAGUUCCCGCCGCAGUUGCCACACAGCCUGCAUCUGUUGCUGCACCUUCUCCAGCUCCAGCUCCUACUCCUGCUCCUAUAUCUUCAGCCACUGCUACGGAAGGUUCUGAUGUCUAUGGGCAGGCGGCAUCCAAUCUGGUUGCUGGUAGCAACUUGGAGGAAAUAGUUCAGCAAAUCCUAGACAUGGGUGGAGGAAGCUGGGAUAGGGAUACUGUUAUUCGUGCUCUUCGAGCUGCCUUCAACAACCCCGAGAGAGCUGUUGAAUAUUUGUAUACAGGUAUCCCUGAACAAGCUGAAGUUCCAGCAGUAUCCCAAGUGCCUGCAAUUGCGCAGCCUGCCAAUCCUGCAGCUGCAGCUGCAGCUCCACAAGCAGCACAGCCUGCUCCUGUUACAUCAAGUGGGCCUAAUGCUAAUCCUCUAGACCUCUUUCCACAGGGCCUCCCAAAUAUUGGUGCUGGUGCUGCCGGUGCUGGCUCUCUGGAUUUUCUACGCAACAGUCAGCAAUUCCAAGCUCUGCGAGCCAUGGUGCAGGCAAACCCACAAAUAUUGCAGCCCAUGCUACAAGAACUUGGCAAACAAAAUCCUCAUCUUAUGAGAUUGAUUCGAGAUCAUCAGGCUGACUUUCUUCGCCUGAUUAACGAACCCAUGGAAGGUGCCGAAGGGAACCUAAUGGGACAAAUGGCUGGUGGCAUGCCACAAGCAGUAACAGUCACACCCGAGGAGCGCCAAGCUAUUGAACGCCUUGAAGCAAUGGGUUUCGACCGUGCUAUAGUAUUGGAGGUGUACUUCGCCUGUAACAAAAACGAAGAAUUGGCGGCCAACUACCUUUUAGACCACAUGCAUGAGUUUGACGAACAAUGA